GGCGGACAACGGACAACGGACAACGGGCAACGGGCAACGGGCGGUCGCGCGGGCAGCGGGAUGUUAUGAGGCGGAUGGUCGCUCAGAGCUAGGUCGCUCACUGCGGCUCGGGGGCAGCAUGGCGGUGGAGGACGAGGGGCUGCGGGUGCUGCAGAGCGUUAAAGUCAAGAUCGGAGAAGCAAAAAACAUGCCUCCUUACCCAGGGCCAAAUAAGAUGAGGGACUGCUACUGCACAGUCAAUCUGGAUCAAGAGGAGGUGUUUCGGACCAAAAUAGUGGAGAAAUCCUUAUGCCCGUUUUAUGGUGAAGAUUUCUAUUGUGAAAUUCCAAGAAGCUUCCGCUACCUAUCGUUUUAUAUUUUUGAUAGAGAUGUCUUUCGGAGGGAUUCAAUUAUUGGAAAGGUUGCUGUCAAGAAGGAUGAACUUCAGAAGUAUCACAACCGGGAUACCUGGUUCCCACUGCAACCGGUAGAUGCCGAUUCAGAAGUUCAGGGCAAAGUUCACCUGGAGCUGAGACUUAGUGAAGUCAUCACUGAUUGUGGGAGCACUUGCCAUAAGUUGGCUACACGUGUUUUAGAGUGCCAAGAUUUGCCAAUAGUCAACGGCCAAUGUGAUCCAUACGCGACGAUUACCUUGUCAAGCCCAUCCAGGUCAGAGGUUAAGAAAACAAAAGUAAAACGAAAGACAAACAAUCCACAGUUUGAUGAAAUGUUCUAUUUUGAGGUGACGAAGCCUUGCAGCUACAGUCGAAAAUCACACUUCGAUGUUGAAGAGGAGCAUGUGGAGAAGAUGGAGAUCAGGAUUGGACUUUGGAAUGCCAGUAACUUAAAGUUUGGCGAUGAAUUUCUGGGAGAACUGCGACUUCCGCUGAAGAUUCUAAAGCUGUCUCCGUCCCAUCAAGCUUGGUACUUUCUGCAUCCCAGGGAUAAUGGAAAGCCCGUUAAACUGGUCGACCUGGGCUCCCUGCGGCUGAACAUUGUUUACACUGAAGACCACGUAUUUCCAUGUCAUUAUUACGAUCCUCUGAGGGACCUUACCAUAAAAUCAGCAGAUGCUGAGCCGGUUUCUUCGUCUGCCGCCCACGUGCUGGGUGAAGUGUGCCGUGAGAAGCAGCAAGCUGCCAUGCCCUUGGUCAGGCUCUUCCUGCACUACGGAAGGAUUGUUCCCUUCAUCAGUGCCAUAGCUAACGCUGAAAUAAACAGGACCUUAGAUCCUAACACCAUCUUCCGAGGCAACUCCCUGACCUCCAAGUGCAUAGAUGAGACGAUGAAACUGGCGGGGAGACACUACCUGCAGGUCACACUGAAGCCCGUUAUCGACGAGAUAUGUGAAGUUCACAAGUCCUGUGAAAUUGACCCAGUUAAGCUGAAGGAUGGUGAGAACCUGGAGGCCAACAUGGAUAACCUCAGGCAAUACGUUGAAAGGAUUUUCAAUGUCAUCACAACGUCAGGCAUGAGUUGCCCCACAGUCAUGUGUGACAUUUUCUUCUCACUGAGGGAGUCUGCUGCCAAGAGAUUCCAAGGUGAUCUAGAUGUUCGGUACACAGCUGUAAGCAGUUUUAUCUUCCUGCGAUUCUUUGCACCAGCUAUUCUUUCACCGAACCUGUUCCAGCUCCACCUUCACCAUCCAGACCCAUUAACAGCACGGACCCUGACUCUGGUAUCCAAGACCAUCCAGACCUUGGGUAGCUUAUCGAAAUCCAAGUCUGCAAGUUUUAAGGAAACCUACAUGGCCGCUUUCUACGAGCACUUUAAUGAUAAGAAAUACACAGAUGCUGUAAGAAAUUUCCUAGAUUUAAUCUCCUCCUCCGGAAGAAAGGACCACAGGAGCAUUGAGCAGCCAAUCGUGUUAAAGGAAGGGUGUAUGAUCAAGAGGGCACAAGGAAGAAAGCGUUUUGGCAUGAAGAAUUUUAAGAAGAGGUGGUUUCGCUUGAGCAACCAUGAACUCACCUAUCACAAGCACAAAGGUGACCACCCACUGUACAAUAUUCCAAUUGAAAAUAUCCUCGCAGUUGAGAAACUAGAGGAAGAAUCAUUCAAAAUGAAAAAUAUGUUUCAAGUCAUUCAGCCCGAGAGAGCGCUGUACAUCCAGGCCAACAACUGUGUGGAGGCCAAAGACUGGAUGGACAUCCUGACCAAAGUUAGUCAGUGCAACCAGAAGCGGCUGACCACGUACCACCCAUCGGCCUACCUCAACGGGCACUGGCUGUGCUGCAAGGCCAGUGCGGACGGUGUCCCUGGGUGUGCCCCCUGCACUGGUGGCCUUCCGGCAGACAUUCAGCUGGACGUAGACGGUGACCGCGAGACGGAGCAUAUUUACUCCCUCUUCAACACUCACAGGACCAAGCUGGAGAAGAUGCAAGAGGCUUGUGGCAGCAAGUCUGUGUAUGACGGGCCAGAGCAGGAGGAGUAUUCAACCUUUAUCAUCGAUGAUCCGCAAGAGACGUAUAAAGUCCUCAAGCAGAUCAUAGCUGCUGUCCAGACCCUGGACCUGGAGCACACACAGUACAAGAGGAACAAGUUCACGAGGACCAAGUAUGGCAGCCAGGAACAUCCAAUUGGUGAUAAGACCCUUCAGUGCCACGUAACCGAGACCUCGAGACGUCCAACCAACUCUGUGUGACCAGCAGAUUUGAGAAAGAACUGGAAAGCCGAGAGAGUUACUUUAUACCUGAAAAUGCUGGUCCCAGCUCGAAACUAAAUUUGAGAUAUAGAGGAUAAUUUGUGUAAAGUGUACAGAUUUGCAGUGUUCAUCUUAAUCAACUUUUCCAUACCAUGUUAACGAUGUCUCCACAAACUGUUACAGUAUGCACUUUAGUUAUCUGCAGAUAACAGAUGACUAACUAUCUGCCUUUGGGGCAGUUAUUUUAUACCCGUUCUAAGCAGCGAUCAGUUGAAUGAUCAUUGAAAGUGAACCAGUCGGCGAUAGAUUCCAGUGAAGAGAGUUUGCCACGACUGGGUCAGCCCAGCUGGGUAUUGGACUGAUGAAGCAAACUAACCUUAAGGUGCAGAUACUGCACUCUGUGGUAAUGUUGGCAGUGCCACUAAUCAGAAGCAGGGGUUUGGAGUAUGGGGCUUUGUCCCAGAUAUAGGUGCCAUGAUUGCCAUCUACAGAGCUUUGCAUAAUUACCCUUUAGCAGUUAGACAUCUGUGGUAUUGUCCCCACAUUCUUAUCUCCCUGUGAUGUUUUUUAAAAUGACUCUUGGUCCAAACCAGUGUGAGAAACGGUCGCCCCUCCAUGCCGGGUUCCUGGGGAUCACGCCUGGGUCUGGGUCCAUCGAGAUCCACUCGCACCAUUGUUUUUUACCACUGCUGCCUCUGGGUUGAGGACCAGAUCAGACUCCGAGCUGACCUGUCUCACUCAGUGUUAACCAAAAAACAAACUGCUUCAAUAACUCAGCGGGUCAGACAGCAUCUUUGGAGGUAAAUGGAUGGGCCACGUUUUGGCUCGACCUGAAGCAUCAUCUGUCUAUUUACCUCCACAUAUGCUGGCUGUCCUGCUGAGUUCCUCCAGCAGUUUGUUUUUGCUCCAGAACUCAGCAGCUGCCGUCUCUAAUGUCUCUCAGUCAGCAUUAAGUUGUGCCAUUCUGUCAGAAUCUCUUGUCUGCAAUUGUAUAUUGUCCCAUAUUUAUACCACUGUCUGUUUGAUAGUGUGACAAAGUCCCAUUAUUUAAAGGGAAUGUGUACACUGUACCAACAGUCUGCUGUGCAUUCACAGUGAUGUCUCAUGUCCAGUGGUGACGCUCUCUUAUGCGUUAAAUCCAACUGAGUACGUCCGUGCGUGACCUUGAAUGGACAUGACCUUGUCAAGGCUUCCAAUGAGGCACCUGUGAGAAACACGAUGUCCUCCCUCCCCCAUCACCCCGUGAAACAACAUUAACGAACAACAGCGAUAGAGUUUGGACCCAGUUGCUCUGUUGCAAAAGUCUUUUUAAUGACCCUGCUUCCUGCUUCACUUUUAACCAUUUUAAAACUUCAUUUGCAAUUGCACAUUUUUAUCUAAAGGAAUAAGAAAUACAACCUCAAUCGUGGGUAGUUGGAAUUCCUGUGCGCUGCUGGGAGUUGUAUAUUAGUAUAUCUGUUUUUAAAGAACCACUGUCAUAGCGGUAGAACUGAUUUAUCAUGUUUUAAACAAGUGUAUUGAACAUGUUGUAUAUACUACAAUUUCUGUAACUUUAAAGGGAAAUGUUACUUCCAUAUGAGUGUCCAGUUCAGUCAACAGGAUGAAAUUUGCAGCAAUCCUUGUAACUUAAACCGUGAACAUUGAAAGCUUGGUUCAUUGACAGAUCGACAGGCAUACUCUGGUGAUCAGCACGUCAGAGGGAAUGCCUCGACUUACUUUGGGCCCGUGUUGAGGAAACAUCUGAACUGAUAUUUGGCUAGUGUUGAGGGAACACCUGGGCUGGUACUGGGGUGGCGUUAUCUUGAGCUGAAGUUAGAAAAGUGUUAAGAAAAUGCCCCAGAUGAUAUUGGGCAGUGUCAUAAAAUGUCUGGGCUGAACUCAGGGCUGUGUUGAGGGAGUGUGCAGUCAGUGAUAGAGACAGUGUUAAGGGAGUAUUUGGGCUGAGGUUGGAUCAGCAUUGAGGAAGCACCUGGGCUAAGAUUAGGGGUGCAUUUGGCCACAGCUUGAGACAACAUUGAGGGAGUGUUAAGGAAGUGGGCAGGCUAAGGUUGGGUUAGCCACCUUAUUUGAUUGAUUGGCACCAGUCAAGUAAAGCACUGGCAGAAUAACCAAGCUUUUACUGUACAUGAAUAUAUUAAUGGGACACUGUAUUUUUAACUGCCAAAUAAAACCAUGAGUUUUUAACA